GCAGGCGUGCAGGAGCCCCCGCUCUCAUGGGACCAUAAAUAAUUUAAUCGAGCUUUUUUUUUUUAGCCGUUGAGUCGCAGCUUUAAUUGAUUUAUUGUACACAUCAGGAGACACACAACACCCCCAGCAUGACAUGGUGGAAGGGGGACAGAAAUCGAAGACAGAGGGUCAGAAACACGGUAAAAAUGCAGCAAAAAGAACAAAGCUCCAGGCGUCUGAAAGUAAGCAAAGCCUUGCUACAUAGGGAAUGAUUCAACUGUAAAGUUACUCCUGAGGCGACCAAAGUCCAGCUCAGGGAGGAAGAAUACAACUUAUCAAGUCCAAAAUGCAGCGACCCCACCCGAGUGAUCCAUCAGCCACCUGUCAUGACUACAGAGCACCGACGACUACAAUAACACCGGCCGGAGAUAUUCCAGGACAUACAUCCAUCUCAUGGGUUUGCAAAGUGUCACAGACCGUGACAGGGGCGAUUAACCAGACCCCAUGUUCCUGUAUGAAGACCAUUCAUGAUCUUCUUGACGAGAAACACUAACUAACCUGGGGUCCUCAGUGAGCGUGCUGCAGACUCUUGCGUCUCAUAUUAACACCUGCUGAAAGGUAGAGCGAAGGAUUCAGGACAAACAUGAGGGACAAAGGGAACUCUGUGAGUCCGAAUGAAGCCAUGAUGUCCUUCAAACACAAGGAUGUCGUCAGAGCGGAGAGACCUCCAGACUCAGGUGUGUCCUUGUGUGCUAGAGUUUGUCGACCCAUUCUGUCACACUUGACACCUUCCCGGGCAGAGUCCACACAGCUGGAUCGUUGUAGAAACAUCAGAGUUGUAAGGGACGUCACCGGCUUCUGUUGUGACGACAACAAACCUGUUUUCACAGAUGACCGGUCAGCUGCUCAGUGUCAACAGAGUCUGGCUUUAGAGGAGACGAUCUGCCUCUGGCCUGCCCUUCACCUGUCCACUCUCACCUGUGGGGGAAAAGGAGGCCUGCUGUGGUUGGGUCAGUCAACAGGUGCAGCGUGGACUUUGCUCAUCUAUGAACCGCCCGUCCUGCCUGCAGAGGAGUCACCUUGUCCCUGCAGAGCGUUGCAUCUCUUCCGGUCUCUCUACAAACCCCCCUCCCCCUCCCCCUCCUCCUCCUCCUUCCCACCCCUCCUCCUCCUCCUCUUACUACUACUACUUCCUCUUUGCAUCCACGUGACCACAUCCUCCCCACUACACCUGCACCCGUCCUGUCCUGUCUCUGCUCCUUCCACGUGGGACCGAAGCUACACUGACCUCUGGAGGUUCUCACAUCACUCAUGUUCUCAACGUUGCAGUUUUUCUCUGCAUUAAACUCCGCCCCCUUCUCGAUCACCUGAGUGGUAAACCAGGAAACGAGGACUGCGGCAAGCUGAGUGUCCUCUGAGUGCUCACCUUCAACUUUAGACUGUGCAUACAUUCUUUGCACGCUCUCUUUGCAAGAUAGCAUCGCACGGGGCUGUUCAGUUAGAAUACUGGGACAUAUUUACAUCUCAAAGGGACGAAAGUGCAGAGCAGAUGUUUGUGAAAGGGCAGAGGAAGAACAGAUGUGUCUUAUAAUAGAGGCUGCACUGUCAUUGUGAUCUCUGGAAUAAAGAUCCUGCAGCCCACACACACACACUCACUCAUCUUUACCAGCAUGAGCAGUGUUAUCAGUAGCAACAGAACAUUUCAUGCACAACAUGGAACAUACACACAUGCACACACGGGGAAAACGAGAGCCGGGUAGGGUGUCAUAUUGCAGGAGGAAGCUGUGUCCUCCAGAUGUCACCGAUGACGGAAAAGUACAGUCACGCCCGGCGGAGUCUCACAUCCUUCAGAUGGAGAGAGAGAGGGAGGAGGGGAUUAAAUGAUUAUCCCGUCCCCACUUUCUAUCCUUCUUUACGUUCUCGCUGUUCUCUGACGGGGAGAACUGCUGACUGCGACAUUCCUCCGUCGCCUGCUGCUGCACAGGAGCAGAAUGAGUUCACAGCACUUUAUUAUUAUCCCACAUUCAGACGUGAUGUGUCAUCAUGAGCUCACUCCGCUCUGGUACCGUACCAGGUUACAUUUUUAUCAACCUUCUGGACAAAAUGUAUCAAGAAUUUUCAUCAGUUCCUACUCGUAUGUCGUCUUUUAUUCAAUGAUUCUGACAAAACUAGACAUGCAUCUCUUUAUAACUAA